AUGGAAUACGAUACCAAGACCCCCAAGUCUGUCACAAGUGACUCUACGUCGUUCGCCCACGACUCUGUGCGAAACCGCUGGCCGGUUAUCCUGACUGGUGCCAUAGACGACGUCCAUCGCACUGUUGGCCAGACCGACGAUUCUGAGAAGCAGGCCGAAGGCAAGAAGAUUAUCGAGCAGCUCGGCAACCUAAAGUACGAGGUUUUGCACGACCGCAAGCUAACUCCCAUCGUUGACGAUGGCUACCCCGAGGAGAUUGCUCGCUACAACAAGGAGAUUGAACAAUUAGGCAACCCUUCGUGGUUGGACGUUCCUUGGCUGUUCUCCGAAUGCUACAUGUACCGACGCAUCAGCACAUUCUUCAGCCUCACCAAGCACUGGAAGAACUAUGACAUCUUUUCGCGCCAAAAGAUGGACACCUUCCGCACCUCUCGCAACGCUGUUGUCGAGCUGGCCACUCGAUACAAGGAGUUUGUUACCGAGAUUCGCGCCAACAAGGACACCACCCACAACGAAGAGGCCGAGAAGCUGCUCUUUACAGAAAUGUUUGAGAUCUGCCUCUGGGGUAAUGCCACUGACCUUUCUCUGCUCACCAACCUCACCUACGAGGAUAUACAGAAGCUCCAGGGAAGCCAGGCCCGUAAGGCCGCCGAGAAGAACAUUCUGAUCAACGACCUUCCCGAGGCUUACGCGACCCUCAAAAAGGCUCGUGACGAGGGCAAGAAGGAGCGCCGUGUUGACUUUGUUCUUGACAACUCCGGCUUUGAGCUCUACGUCGAUCUUAUCCUGGCCGGGUUCCUUCUCACAUCUGGCCUGGCUACGCAGAUUGUCCUUCGACCCAAAUCCAUCCCCUGGUUUGUCUCUGACGUGCUUCCUGGCGACUUCCCGCUCCUUCUUAACGCCAUUUCCGACCCCAAGAAGUUCUUCGAGACCCAGACCGAUGACGAGAAGCUGCAAGACAAGACUCCUGCCCCUCUUGCCGACAAGGAAGUCGAAGAUCUCCUCUUUGUCUUCCAGGAAUGGGCCAACCUUCAUGCUGAAGGCCAGCUGAUCAUGCGACCUAACCGAUACUGGACUGCGGGCGGCAGCUUCUGGCGUUUGCCUGCCGAGGCUCCUGAGCUGCACGAGGAUAUGAAGGGCGCUGAGCUCACCAUCUUUAAGGGGGAUCUUAACUACCGAAAACUGACUGGUGAUGCUCACUGGGAUACCACAACCCCAUGGACCACUGCACUUGGCCCCAUGGGUCCCGGAUCUGGCGUCAAUGUCCUCUCCCUGCGAACCUGCAAGGCAGAUGUUGUUGUCGGCCUUCCCGCCGGCAAGGACGAAGAAUUGAAAGCCACUGAGGGUGGCGGUGGUGAUACCGGUGCCAGAAGAUGGGGAUGGCAUGGCAAGUGGGCUGUGGUUUGCCUUUCCAAGGGCUCAUAG